AAAUCUUGAAACACGUGGCAUUCCCACAACCACCGAUCCUUCACUCCCACCACCAAUAUAAUCCUUCCCAUCUCCAACACAAACGUACUACACUUAUCUCAGCGCUUCCAUUUCUCACGUGCGAAGCUAGCGUGUGUGUGUGUGUGUGAGCGUGCAACUCCGCCAUGUUGGAAGGCAAGGCAGUUAUAGGCGAGACCGAUAUGUUACAGACCAUGCAACAAGACGCGCUACGUAUCGCCGGCAAAGCACUCGACGCAUUCGACGUAACGGAUUCUACCGAGAUCGCGCGCUACAUAAAAAAGGAAUUCGAUCGAGUAUAUGGGACAGGGUGGCAAUGCAUUGUGGGGACGGAUUUCGGUUCGUUCGUUACACAUUGCCAUGGAUGUUUUAUCUAUUUUUGUAUUGGAAGCUUGGCUAUCCUUCUCUUUCGAGGAGCUGCCUGGGACCCUGACUCGGAUCUGGUGUGUGGCCCAGAUGCUGAUGCAAGUCCAUACUCUUCCAUCAAGCCUGUCAAGGCCUGAUUUAUUUUAUUUUAUCUUGUAAAGGAUAGAAAUGUUUAUGAAAUGGAUGGUUCUUGUUUUGCUGUCCA